AUGUCGCUCGUCACCGGAGAGAAGUCGAACUUCCAGUAUAUCAUCCGUUUGUUGAACACAAACGUCGACGGGAAGCAAAAGGUCAUGUACGCCUUGACCAAGAUCAAGGGUGUCGGUCGCCGAUACUCCAACUUAGUCUGCAAGAAGGCCGACGUUGACCUCACCAAACGCGCUGGUGACCUCACAUCGGAAGAACUUGAGCGCAUCGUGACCAUCAUCCAAAACCCGCUUCAGUACAAAAUCCCCACAUGGUUCCUCAACAGGCAGCGCGACAUUGUCGAUGGCAAGAACUCCCAGAUCCUCGCCAACGGCGUCGACAGCAAGCUCCGUGACGAUCUAGAGCGCCUCAAGAAGAUCCGCGCCCAUCGUGGUCUCCGACACUACUGGGGCCUCCGUGUCCGUGGCCAACACUCGAAGACAACCGGCCGCCGUGGUCGCACUGUUGGUGUGUCCAAGAAGAAGGGAUAA